UAGUGCCUUGUAUUAAUUUUAACAUGUGUUUGUGGUUACGGUCCUGUUCACUGUUGUCAGUCCCGCGAAGUUUAACCUUUAACCCGAACUGACGUUGACUCGCGAGAUCGGCGAUUCCUAAAGGAUUUUGCAAGGUCGCAAUUGUUCAGAACUAAUCACUAAUCAGUGUAUUGUCGCAGGGCAAACGCAACUAUGCUUUGAUCGUUGUUGUUUUCCACAAAGUCGUGCUUAAAUCAGUCAAUUUUACUGUUUAUUUGCGUGCAAUAGUAGGUCCGUUCGCCUCAAAAUGCGGCUUACCGCUCGUUUCCACACCAUUUCCAAAAUGUUGGACUUUUAUUCCCAGUUCAAUCCAUCACCGUUGUCUAUUAAAAAGUUUAUUGAUUUUGGCCUGAACGCAUCUGAAGAGAAGUCGUUCAUUUUCCUGAGAAAAGAGCUGCCAGUCCGUCUCGCAAACAUCAUGAAGGAAAUUGCACUCCUUCCCGAAAACCUUCUAAGAAUGCCCUCGGUGAUUGCCGUCAACGAUUGGUACAUGAGGAGUUUUCAGGAAAUCCUGGAGUUCGAGAAGAAGGAUCCGACGCCGGGCACAAUGGAGCACUUCUGCAACGAGCUGGUGAAGAUCAGAAAUCGGCACUCAGACGUUGUGGAAACGAUGGCUCAGGGCGUUCUGGAGCUGAAGGAAUCCCACGACGUGGACUGUCACACUGAGCACAGCAUUCAGUACUUUCUAGAUCGGUUCUAUAUGUCCAGAAUCUCCAUCAGGAUGCUCAUUAAUCAACACAUAAAUUUAUUUUCAGCGUUGAUUUUUGGGGGCCAGCUCGAAAACGCCCCAGGCCCAAAUCGAAGCAAAUACAUUGGAUGCAUCGACACUCAAUGCGACGUGGUGAGCGUAAUUAAAGACGCAUACGAAAAUGCCCGCUUCCUAUGCGACCAGUACUACUUGGCUUCGCCCGAUUUGAUCAUCAAUCAGGGCCAACACAAUGACCUGCAAAAGGAGGAAUACAUCAAUAUUGUCUACGUGCCAUCGCAUCUCUAUCACAUGCUCUUCGAACUGUUCAAGAACUCAAUGCGAGCCGUUAUGGAGUAUCACAACUCCAGCAACGAGUUUCCACCAAUCACAGUCGCCGUUUCCAAGGGAAAAGAGGACAUCUGCUUGAAGAUGUCUGACCUAGGUGGGGGUAUUCGGCGCUCCACUACAGACCAUCUGUUUAAGUACAUGUACUCAACGGCGCCCCAACCGAGCAAAUCGGACGCUCAUACGGUCCCAUUGGCUGGAUAUGGAUACGGGUUGCCCAUUUCCCGUCUAUAUGCCCGAUAUUUCCACGGCGACUUGGUGUUGCUCUCCUGCGAAGGCUACGGCACCGAUACCGUCAUCUACAUGAAGGCUUUGUCCAAUGAGGCCAACGAGCUUCUGCCGAUCUUCAACAAGACCACAUCGAAAUUCUACCGGACCACCGUACAAACGGGCGAUUGGUCGAAUCAGGCCGCCAAUAUUGGCGAUCGACAAAUCAGCAUCAACACGAAAAAGCAUCAGUUGCCCCAAUCCGCACAAGAAGCCCUAACCAGAGCCUUGUAACGCUAAGCCAGCCAGGUAGUCAAACUAAUUAGGAUGAGACGACAAUUUGAAUUUGUGACAAGCUAUGUAGGCUUUAAGCAAUACUUUCGUUAUCACGAUUUCCAAAUGUGCAUCAAGCAACCGAAUUCAUUUGAGUUCCAAGAUAUAUUUGAAGAUCAGAACCUUUCUAUUUAAGAAUUUGUAAGCUAAUCAAAACUCCUGAUUAGUGUCUAGAUUUGUUACGUUUGAAGAUAUAUGGACCCACUAAAAUUGACCGAUGUUAUGUGUAAACAGGCAAGUAAUUAAAAUAUACUGGGUGGUUUGUUCACAAUGGCAACUUCCAGUUAGGAGGGUCUCAUUGGUGAUCCGCCUAGUAUAUAGUGUUAACAAAAAUUGUAACAUUCCUUUUACGGAAAUGUCUGUAAAACGAUAGAUUAACGUUUCAUUUAAAAAAUCCUUUAUUUUUAAUUAAGUAGCCAAAGAAGAAAUUCUAAUUCUAUUUAAACUGUAAUCACUUAAAAACACUUUGAUACAAAUAUAGUUUAAAAUGGUGUUGUAUUUUGAAGAUUCGACGGUAAUAAUGCAAAAGUCCCAAUAAAACUACGUGAUAAAUUAGUGAACGAUAAAGCGCGGUCUUAUUUGUGUGAUACAACUAAUUUAUGUUAGUCAAUGUAAUUAUAUAUUUUAAUUAUUUACAAUCGACAUAUCAAUAUAUUGUUUUAAUUUUGGUUAGAA